GUCUGUGUCUCAUUAAUCCGAAAUGAAUGGAUGCCUGGUAUGUCUUGAUAUUCCGAUAAAAUUGUCAAUACUAAGUAAACACAUCUGUUGAAAAUUGAUAAAUUACCACUACAGAUAGUACCAGAACAAAGAGAAACAAGAUGGUAAAACAAAACCAUAGUUUAUAUGACCGCUUCCUAAGCGGGAAUGCCAUUUAAAUUCUGGGAGCGUAUCUCCUUUACCUAUUUCUUCACAGGAUGUGGCGAGGUGUAUCUAAGAAAUUUAUAUAUAAUUCUUAAUAGUGUCCGUUCGUGUUAGUGUACAUCCACAUUACAAAUAUGAAUCAUAUAAUUGUAAGGUUUGCCAGUGUACUUUCUUUAGUGGCAUCUUUUAACUUCGAUACUGAUUAUCCGAUUAUUUUCUUCGAUCCCUCAAAUUCCUCUUCCUAUUUUGGAUACACCGUUGCAUUGUCGCCAAAAUGGAUAAAAAUAGGCGCUCCUUUGUCCAACCGUUCAGGGGAACUCUACGAAUGUACCAUGACACGAGGGUGUAAGACCCUAACACUUCCGAACAUCAGUAUGCCUUCUAAAUACAAAAAUGUGAUAGAAAGACAUGACAGAAGUUGGAUUGGAGCGACAAUGGACGUAUCAUAUGAAUUCAAUCGAAUUGUGGUGUGCGGUUUUCAUAAACAUUUCACGAAAGGGGAAAAUGAUUUCACGAUGGGAGGUUGCUAUUGGUCCAAUCUGACGUCUAGUUCAUUUGAAAACAUUUACCCAAUAUUAGACUUUGGCAAAACUAUAAAGAACAAUCAACUAUAUAUGUAUGGACAUGGUGAAGCCGGUUUUUCAGCUCACCUUACUAAUGUAAGCGCAGUUUUUAUCGGUAAUACAACAGGUCAAAACGAAUUAAUUUUGGGAGCACCUGGAGUUUAUAAUUGGGUGGGAGCACCAAUCAGGAUUCAAUUCAAUGAAAACCAAAAUAUGAUUGACCCUGAAAUACCGGAUGUAUCAAAUUUUGAUACGUCUGGAUAUCUUGGAUAUUCAACAGAUUCAGGAUACUUCUAUGGUCAUCCACAUCUUUUCUACGCUUCUGGUAGUCCAAAAGGAAGUGGCUAUAAGGGGAAAGUGAUAAUUUUCCAAAUAGCCGGUAACAACAGGAAAAUAGACGAACGAGAAGUACUAGUGGGAGAACAGUUCGGAGAAUACUUUGGAGCUACGUUGACAUCGGGAGAACUAAACAGAGAUCGAUAUACUGAUCUGAUUGUGGGAGCACCUUUCCAUAAAGUCACUUCAUUCAAUGAAGGCUGUGUAUAUCUGUUUCUUGGAGGACAGAACAAACUCCGGAAAGCCACCGUUCUCUAUGGCAAAACCCGUAAUGGGAUGUUUGGAUCAGCCCUCGCUUUCUUAGGAGACAUAGACAAUGAUGGAUAUGGCGACGUUGCUAUUGGUGCACCCAACGAUGCCGAAAACAGUGGCGUCGUAUAUAUAUUCAGAGGAGCCAAACAAGAAAAUGGGCAAUUUGGCUUGAACAAAAAGCCAUCUCAAACAAUUAUUGGAAGUCAAAUUGAUCCUCAUAUUAGAGGAUUUGGUAUAAGCUUCUCAAAAGUAGCAGAUAUCGAUGGAAAUGAUAAAAAAGAUCUUGCUAUAGGAGCUCACUCAUCAGGUCACGUGGUGUUACUAAGAGCACUACCAACAGCUGUGAUCAAAUAUACAUUUCGGUCCAUACCUGAUGUACUGAAGGGAGAACCUUCUGAUUUCACGUUACAAGCUUGUUUCUCUUAUUCAGAGUACACUGGUGGAAAAUUAGAUAUCAAAUACAAAAUUUCGUUCGACAAGUCAUCCAAACAGGCAAUUGUAACAAAAAAAAUGACUUUAAUCAAAGGGAGGACCAUAUGUGAUAAAAUAACUCGAUCUACGAACGAUUCUUUAAAAGUUGUAUUCAGUUAUGAACUAGUCACACCAUCAUCUGGUAGGAAUGGAACAACCUACAUUUCUGAUCGGGUGAUCAAAGACGGCGAUAAACUGUGUAUCAAAUGUCCAGUUUUGGAUAUUUACAGAUCAAAUAGCACGUUGUAUAAAUUGGAUCUACCUUUUGCAUUGGAUUGUGGAGAUGACGAUUUGUGUUACGCUGAGCUUCAAAUUAACGUCAGUUUUCCAGGAUUGAGAAAUGAAACAUGGGUGGUGGGGUCUUCAGAUAAUGUAACAGUACAAGUUGAAGUAUCGAAUAUAGGAGAAAAUGCAUAUGCUACCAAGCUGGAAGUCGCCUUACCUGAUGGUAUAUCUUUGAGACAAAUACCUCCACAAUGCUUGCACCAAACGAAUUCAUCUUUCUUAGUUUGUAACGUGGAUAACCCCUUGAAGAGGGGUAAACAGAAAAUAAUUAAUUUGGAUCUGGACAUAAAAAAUGUUGACGAUUACACAACGGAACAAGUAGAUGUAACUUUGAGGGUUAAUACUACUAGCAAUGUAACAAGAGGUAGUAUUGAUGGUCAUCAUGUGUAUUCGUUCAAGUUAAAAAGAGAUGCCGAUAUCAUGAUUUAUGGGAUAAGCGAACAAGAAACAAACUAUUUUGGAAGUGAUCGUGAAGUCAUAGGUAUAACACAUAUAUAUAAGGUAGAAAAAAUCGGAAGCAGUUCAUUGGAAAGCAUACAAAUCACCUUAUUGAUACCAAUUUCUUUGACUCUAUCAAAUCAAAAAAUAAAUUUCAUGAAAGUCAAGAAAAUUCAGGGAAAGUUCUCUGGACAGACUUUUGAUUGUCAACAUUACCAUCAUAAUGGGACUACCAAUAUAAAUAGUAUGAGAAAAUCUCGUAAUGAUAAUACAGUAUAUCUCCAUUGUGACACAGAGGACGUGUUAUGUGAAAAAUAUCUCUGUCAGUUUGGGCCAUAUCGAAAGCAAAAUAAUCCAGCGACUGUCAAAUUGCAGAUGAACUUGGAUGUUUCAGCGUUAAAUGGGAUUCUAGGUUCUAAGCAACAUCUGUCUUUCGCAAGCAGAGCCACUGUAACCAUUAUCAGCCCAAAAUUCUUCAUACAGACUGACAACAGAACUGAUUCAACCACCAUAGUGGAUGUUUUCGUAAACGACACUACGCAAACAAAGAAAAUUGGAAUGUGGAUAAUUAUAGCAUCAAUUUUUGGUGGUUUAACUAUGCUCACUGCUUUGAUAAUUAUUUUAUACAAGUGUCAGUUUUUCGAGAGAAGUAAGAAGCAAGAAUUAAAGGACCUAAGAGCUGCGAUAUUUCAAUGUCGUCUCUACCACAACUAAUCGUUGGCGAGUUCGAAACUUUGUUGGAUGAUUUCCAUCUUCAAAGCAGAUCUAUCAGUUUCGAAUCUGGAUCGAAAAAAGGAGACAACUAUCUAGGAGUUAUCACAAAAGCUGAUGUAAAAGAUAAUAUAUCAUACUCGACAUUGAGCUUUAUCAUCAAGUCUGCACCUCAAAGUGAUGCUUUUCGAAAAUACAUAAAUAUCUCAGUGUUAUACAGAAGAGAAAUUGAUUUUUACGAACGUGUAUUCAAAGAAUUGAUAUUACUGCAGGAGGAUAGGAAAAUUGAACCAAUUUUCCAUCCGUUUCCAAAAAUGUACAAAUGCUCCCAAAAUGCGCCGUAUGAGUACCUGAUUCUGGAGAAUAUGCUUCAUUUGGGAUAUAUCAUGAAAGAGAGGCAAAAUACUUUAGAUUUUGAUCACUGUGUUCUAGUGGCAAAAAGUUAUGGAAAGUUUCAUGCAUUAGCUUUCGCCCUCAAACACCAUAAACCUGACAUCUACGGAAAGUUGAAAAAUACUGUGAAACUACCAUACUUUGCAAGUGUGUCGCGAGACAAGCUGACCGAAACUGUUGGACGUUCUUGCAAAGCAGUUACAAAAAAUUUGGACGAUGGCAACGAGUUCGAGCUGAUAAGGAAGCUAGAGAAGUUUACUAAUUAUCCUAUAAAUGGUUUGUUAGAUGAUUUGCAACCUGAAAUGGCUGACGAUUUCCGAGUUUUUUGUCAUGGAGAUAGCUGGCCAAAUAAUUUCCUUUUUGCGUACCAGGAUCAAUCUCAUCCAAGUAAACCUACCGAUGUAUGUAUCUUGGAUUUCCAAUUGAGCUGCUGUGCUUCUCCAGCUGUGGAUUUGAGCUAUUUUUUGUUCACUGGAACGGAUAAACAAAUGAGAGCGAGUAAUUUUGAUUUGCUCCUCAAAAUUUACCUCGAUUCGUUGAUAUCAUUCUUGGAUGAACUGGAUACACCGAUAAGUUUUUCUUAUGAGGCACUUCAAUCGCACAUGAAACAGUUUUCUCGGUACGGCCUAAUGAUGGCGUUGAUCGUAGUGCCAUUGAUCAUGUCCCAAGAUGACGAAGCACCCGAUUGGAGUACAGGACUAGAAAAACCUGAUGGUACUGCACAGUACAACAUUUGUACGACGGAAAAAAUGCAAGAAGAAGAUGUGGCGACAAGAAUGUGUGACAUCGUGAGGGACUUUGACAAGUUUGGCUAUUUUGACUUUUGUGAUGUGGUGUAAAAUUGUGUGUUUGUUUCUUGUAAAUACAUUUUUAGAUGGUAGAUAAAAUCUUUCAAAUACAUCAUUGAAGAUGAUUAGUGAUUAUAUUUAUUUAUAAAUAAAGAUUCCCUGAAAACAUA